AUGGCAACGAUAACGAACAGCGUUGAUACGAUACACUACGCGAUCGUUCACUCCAUCGUGUUGCAGAACCGUCUGAUCCAGCUGAAGGAAAUGGAGCGAAACAACUCAGAGGCGACCGACGAUUCGUCGUUUACCUCGGCUUUGACGACGCCUGUGGAUCAAGAUGUGCCCAUCAAUGUCUAUCAGGGCAUACACGAGGCUCUUGCGAGAGAUAGGAACGGCUUAGCGGCAAAGGCGCGGAUAUCGCACAGGUAUCGCAGCAAUUGGAGAGAGCCUAACAUCGAUCCCAAAGUAGCCCCUUCCUCCGUUCUGACCGAUGACCACGAACCUAGAUACCCCGAUUUCGUUCUCCACGCUGUCGCCAUGUCUGCAAUCCGUGUACUUUUCUUCCUACCCUGGUGCGUAGCAGCCGGAGCCACGUUCCUCCGCUUUCCCCACCAUCUAGAGUUCAUCAUCUUCGAAACUGGCUACCUCGAGCCAUCCAAAGGCAUAUAUCGCUUCGCCCACUUUGCCGAGAGCGGAAUGCAAUACUCGAUGACUUUCCUGGCUUCUCUGCUGUUGUUUAUCUACGAAUAUCCGAAUUUGGGAACGGUCAUUACAGGCGGUCUUUUGGCGCCGUUCUUUCAAGCUUGGCAGGACUUUGAAGUGGAUCAGAACCUACCUCUUGGUCAUGACGACCGGCAGAUGAUUUACAUUCUGGCGACUAGCUCUUGGCUUACUGGAGAUUCGGUCGGCAUUCAAAAGGUCGAAGAUCAAUACUAUCUUUCUUCUGCGACGCUGGAGAAUCGGGAAUUUGAUGUGUUUGUUGAGAAGGAUUCGGACGAGGAGUGA